AUGGUGCCAUCCAUACCGGCCCUGGGUCAAACCUUACUUGCAGCAGUGCUGCAAGCUGGGUUUCUGGGCAUCACAGAGACGGCAGUUCACUUCCAAGCCAUACUAGAGACUAAGGUUGGGCUGAUAGAUGGUGCCAUCGUCCAUCAGCGAUGGCUCACAGAUGGUCGAUGGUUGAGCAGGCAUUGUGAUUCUCUGUUAGAGGUUAUACUGGCCAGCAGAGACUGCUUGGUGGCUGGAGACUCAUGCUCGAGUGAUGAGGCUUGCAGCCCACGUCUGCGGACUUUGCGUCAGUGUGUGGCAGGCAAUGGCAGUAUGAAACUGGGUCCUGGUGCCAGGAGCCAGUGUGCCAACGCGGUGUCAGCCCUACUGUCCAGCCCCUUACAUGGCUGCCAAUGUAAACGGGGCAUGAAGAAGGAGAAAAACUGCCUGAGCAUUUACUGGAGCCUUCAUCAGUCCAUCAUACAUGGACUCAACCUGGUGGAGAGUUUUCCUUAUGAGACAGUGCACAGGGACUACGACUAUGUGCGCUUGGCCUCUAUUACAGCUGACUCUGAUGUUGGCAUGACAACUGUGAAUCGCUGCCUGGAUGCAGCCAAGGCUUGCAAUGUGGACGACUUGUGCCAGAAGCUCCGCACAGAAUAUGUCUCAGCUUGUAUCAAACCCACUGCCAAGUCGGGCCUGUGCAACCGGCCUAAAUGCAACAAGGCUCUGCGCAGGUUCUUUGACCGUGUUCCUGUCGAUUACACACACGAACUGCUCUUCUGCCCCUGUACGGACACGGCGUGCGCAGAGCGUCGAAGGCAGACUAUUGUACCCAGUUGCUCUUAUGAAAGCGUGGAAAAACCCAACUGCAUUACACAGAUGAGGAUCUGCAAUGCAGACUAUGUGUGCAGGUCUCGCCUGGCACAGUUUCAGUACGACUGCGAACCCUACGAAAUGUCUGUCAGUGGCUGCAAGCAAGGGAACUAUGGAGCUUGUCUCGUUGCCUACACAGGGCUCAUAGGAAGUAUAAUAACUCCCAACUAUGUCGACAACUCCACGUCCAGCGUGGCUCCGUGGUGCUCCUGCUCAGCCAGUGGGAGCCGGAGAGAAGAGUGUGAUAACUUCCUGGGAUACUUCACCGACAACAUCUGUCUUCGAAAUGCUCUUAUGACGUUUGGAAGUGAAUCAGACCAGCAGCCGACUCUCAGCCAGUCCAGUACACCCAGCAGCAGGGAAAAUAUCAACACUGUUUCUCCACCAGAAACUAUUGAAACUAUGAGGAACAUUCUGGAUACAAUAAUACCAACACAGGCCCUGAGAAAUGAUCUACUUGUGGGCCAGUCCACCCUGCCAUCCAACAGCCUCCCAAACUCAGCUUCACCUCCCAGCCCAAUGCUUCCAGCUGCCUUUGGCCCUCUGUUGAUGUUCCUUCAUCUGCUCAUCAAUGGAUACUAAAGACUGCAGGGGUUUGUGCCGAGGACCCUCCAAAUACCAAGCAGAUGGGAGGACCAGCGCAGUUCAGAGGAAAAUGGACUGUGUGGCGUUACUCCUCCCUCUAAAUAUGUACAGCAAUUCUGUUUUUCUAUUUUUGUGUCUAUGUGGUCCACCUGCCGGUGUUGUUUCUCAGAGUGUGGGAGACUUGUGCAGGCCGACGGCCAGUCUGUGCAUUUGUACAUUGUUGUUGCGAUCAAAUCAAGCUGAAAUGAAGUCUGAAUACCGCUUUUGUGGAUUAACCCAGCUCUCAGCUAUCCAACUGUAUCCAUUUUCAAGAGUUAUUAAGAAAAUAUAAUGCAGAUAUGUAUGACACAAAGAGAUGAAGUAUGUCAGUACCUGUGAAGAUUUAUAUUAUCAACAGAAGCUCUUAUUUGAAAUAUUGUAAGAGGAUAUGGUUGGAGAAAACCAGUGAAAUUUGUGUGUGCUCUGAACUCAGUGAUUGGAAAGCUGCUGGAGUAUUUGGGGCUACCUCUUUCCUCCAGUGACUGAAAGAAGACCAUUAUUUCCUGAUCAAUACUGGAAUAGUGGAGAUACAGAGAGACAAUAGAGCUACAUUUUGCUCGGACAUUUUUGGCAAAUGCCCUGAUUCUUAUUCUUAUGUAUCCAUUGGCACAAUCUAGAUGAGAUGUGGCAAAGCAGAGUAUAUAAAAUAAACCCUGACAUAAUAAUCGUUGUCUCCAUUAAAACUGUUGCCCUUCGUCAAACUGUCUCACACCAGUUUAUCUGUAAUUGCUAAAGCUACAGCAGCUGGUUAUGGAAAAGUCUUUGGUCUUUAUCAGCAUUGCCAGUUUCUUGGACUUGAAAGGAAAUAAUCAGACUAGCAGUAACUCUUACCUGUAGCUGCUGUAUUAUGUGUUUGUGAGCUUAAUACCCUUUUAUUUCUCAUUGUGUAUGUGAACAUUGCUAUUAGGGGGCUCUUGAGUUUUUAUGCCAGAGAGGGAAGUGAAUGGUUUGACUUAUCGAGUGUCGCCAGCACCAAUAAGGAGUUUGCUUGAGAUUAGACAGUUAUGAAUGAUUCAGUAUUUCCUGUUAUGGAAACAUGCACGUGAAUUCUGAACAGGACCAGAUGUGCUGCAAAUAAAAGUUCCCAGAUCAUUAUGUUUACACAUCAGUAUCAUUCAACCUUUUCUUUUAUGACAAAUGCUUUGUUUGGUGCUGUUGAAGUGGACGUUCUCAGUUAAGUCUUCUGUGGAGACAGA